AUGGACACGGAAGAGGACGAGGAUCUGGAUGGAGAGCUUGAGUACCUAGUCCCAGCCCCCGCACCUGAGCUUGUCCUUGGUGCGCAGCCCACCCUUGGCAGCGACCCAGGCGAGUGGUAUGUCGAACGCACAAAAUACAUACCCAUCCGGCUCACGCUCACUGAGCGCAAAUUCCUUCGCCUCCUCGAGGCCGCCCUCCAGGUGUCCGAGUACACUGACAAAAUUGAUACCUUGGGUUUCGGACUAAGCAAAGCGAAGCGGAUAGUGCACCAGAUACGCGAGCUAUGUGCUGUGCUGGCGGGGCUCGUCCUUGCCGCAGAUUACAAGCAGGGCCAAGAGCUGUUCACGGACCGUGAUUUCCAGUCAAACGCGUCGUUUUAUCAACGAAUCUUCGAGCUGGGACGGAGACACAAAAUCAUGAACCCAGACAAGAUGCGGACGACGUACGGAAAGCUGAUCUACAUGCUGCAGGAUAGUCAAUCGCCGGAGGUGAAGGACAUGCUUAGCUUUUCAUGUGUAACGCCGAUCAAGACCGUGCACUCUCUACUUGAAGAACAUUCCGCGUUAGACCUCCUUCGUGAUCCACUAAUCACAACGGCGACGCAGGAAAUUAACUCUGCCAAGCGCAGUCGGCGGGAGAUCCAGAAGGAUAUAAAGGCGAAAGAGCGUGCGAUCGAGACACUGUCGUCGCGAUACUCGACGGCAGACUUAUCGCAAGAGCAGGUUAGACAGGCGCUAUACAGCAUCGGUGAUAAUCACGCAUUCUUGCGGGUCAACAGGGACCCCUGCGAGCGGAUGAUAGACUAUUUAAAACAGUAUUUCCACCCGUCGCAACCUAAGGACAAAAAGGGAAAAGACAGCCUCGCCAUCCGAAGUGGGAAGGGCGGUGCACGAUUGAGUCACGACCAUUCGAAGCAGUACGUCUACGUACUGCAAAGUUUGUCGCUAUGGAGGGAGAUCCUCCAUGAUAUGUUCCAUUUAUGGUCGCUUGCCGAACAAGACCUGCUUUCCGAAAAUGUUAUGUAUCGCCUGCGCGACACCGGCCAGGGUCUCAACCGUGUCCAGGCCGCACCCAAGACGUCUCGAAUGAUGUACGCUAUCCUCCAUCGGGCGCAAAAGAGUGUAGGGUCAUGGGUCGGUUCGUCGGUCGUGCACAUGGGCGACCACAAUGUGCCCAACGCGCUUAUUUUCAUUGACAAAUAUUCACAAAUCUACCGCAUACUGCUCCCUAUCUGCAACACGCUCCUGAAGCUUCCCGAUGUCUACUCAAGUCCAGCGCUCCGCGCCUACAUCGACGCCGAGUACGGGUCUUUGGAUAAUCUGUACAUGGAAAUCCUCGGCGACUUCUUCCGACACGCGUUCGAUGGAAGCGGCGCUGACAACUUCUACGACGCGGGCAGCUGCAUCGAUGGGCGUCUCACGAGUGCCUGGAACUGGUGCGCGGGGCUCGAGAAAAAGCGGUACUUCCCCAUUUUCCUGCUCACUGGUUUUGUGGGAUUUGACGGGGAGUGGUAAGGUGUAGGUAGCAUUAUAGAUUCUAGAUAUCUGUUGACGAUAGAGCCACCAUAAUCCCGGCGUUGUCAUGUGUGCAAUGUUGACUAGUGUUUAUGAUACCACAGAAUAUCGGAGCAGUC